CGAGAGGAAAGCACCAGCCCAGAGAGAGAGAGAGAGAGAGAGAGAGAGAGAGAGAGGGGGUAGAGAGAGAGCCAGUGUGAACGCAGGGGGGUUGCCAGUUUUUAAUCCCAAUCCCACACUUCAAGAAAGUGCCUCUCCAUUUCAGCGAGGAUGGAGGACGCACACAUGAAAGAGUCGCCGGACGUUCUGUCCCACUUUGGCGUCACUGAAGAAAUCGGCCUUUCACCUGAUCAGGCCAAGAAGAACCAGGAAAGAUAUGGCUUCAACGAGCUGCCAGCAGAGGAGGGAAAGACUGUCUGGGAGUUGGUGGCGGAACAGUUCGAGGACCUGUUGGUCAGAAUCUUACUGCUGGCCGCCGGCAUCUCUUUUGUCCUGGCUUUGUUUGAGGAUGGUGAGGAGACUGUCACCGCCUUUGUCGAACCCCUCGUCAUCCUCCUCAUCCUCAUUGCCAACGCUGUGGUUGGAGUGUGGCAGGAGCGCAAUGCAGAGAGUGCCAUUGAAGCUCUGAAGGAGUACGAGCCUGAGAUUGCGAAAGUUUACCGGUCGGACAGGAAGAGCGUGCAGAGGAUCAAGGCCAGGGAGCUGGUUCCUGGUGACAUCGUGGAGGUUUGCGUUGGUGACAAAGUGCCAGCUGACAUCAGGCUCAUCUCCAUCAAGUCUACCACCCUGCGUGUGGAUCAGUCCAUUCUCACUGGUGAGUCCGUCAGUGUGAUCAAACACACCGAUUCCGUCCCAGACCCCCGAGCCGUCAACCAGGACAAGAAGAACAUGCUGUUCUCCGGCACCAACAUCGCUUCAGGCAGAGCAACUGGUGUUGCUAUCGCCACCGCUGUCUCCACUGAGAUCGGUAAGAUUCGUGACCAGAUGGCCGCCACCGAGCAGGAGAAGACCCCCCUGCAGCAGAAACUGGACGAGUUCGGAGAGCAGUUGUCCAAGGUCAUCUCCCUCAUCUGUGUGGCCGUGUGGAUGAUCAACAUCGGACAUUUCAACGACCCCGUCCACGGAGGCUCCUGGAUCCGCGGCGCUGUUUACUAUUUCAAGAUCGCUGUGGCUCUGGCUGUGGCUGCCAUCCCUGAAGGUCUGCCCGCCGUCAUCACCACCUGCCUGGCUCUGGGAACCCGUCGUAUGGCCAAGAAGAACGCCAUCGUGAGAAGCCUGCCCUCUGUGGAGACUCUGGGCUGCACCUCGGUCAUCUGCUCCGACAAGACCGGGACCCUCACCACCAACCAGAUGUGUGUGACCAAGAUGUUCAUCAUUGAUAAAUUCGACGGUGAUAAUGUUUCCCUGGGUCAGUUUGACAUCUCCGGCUCAAAGUACACACCUGAAGGAGAAGUGACAAAGAAUGGCAGCUCUCUGAAGUGCGGCGAGCAUGAUGGUCUGGUUGAGCUGGCGACUAUCUGCGCUCUGUGCAACGACUCCUCUCUGGACUACAACGAGGCCAAGGGUAUCUAUGAGAAGGUGGGUGAGGCCACUGAGACAGCGCUGUCCUGUCUGGUGGAGAAGAUGAACGUGUUCAACACUGAGGUGCGCGGCCUGUCCAAGGUGGAGAGGGCCAACGCCUGCUGCUCUGUGAUCAAGCAGCUGAUGAAGAAGGAGUUCACGCUGGAGUUCUCCAGAGACAGAAAGUCCAUGUCAGUUUACUGCUCUCCUGCCAAGUCUGGCAAAGCUCCUGUUGGAAACAAGAUGUUUAUCAAAGGAGCUCCAGAAGGAGUCAUCGACCGCUGUGCGUACGUCCGUGUGGGAACCACCCGGGUUCCUCUGACCGGCGCCGUCAAAGACCACCUCCUGUCCGUCAUCAAGGAGUGGGGCACGGGGCGCGACACCCUCCGCUGCCUGGCCCUCGCCACCUGCGACACCCCUCUGAGGAGGGACGAGAUGAACCUGGAGGACGCCACCAAGUUUAUAAACUAUGAGACUGACCUGACCUUUGUGGGCUGUGUUGGCAUGCUGGACCCCCCCCGUAAGGAGGUCAUCGGCGCCAUCGAGCUCUGCAGGGCUGCUGGCAUCCGUGUCAUCAUGAUCACCGGUGACAACAAAGGCACAGCUGUGGCCAUCUGCCGCCGUAUUGGCAUCUUCACUGAAGACGAGGAUGUCACUUUCAAGGCCUUCACCGGUCGUGAGUUUGAUGAUCUCUCUCCAUACGAUCAGAAGAUCGCCGUCAAAAAGGCUUGCUGCUUCGCCAGAGUGGAACCGGCCCACAAGUCCAAGAUCGUUGAGAUCCUGCAGAGCUUCGAUGAGAUCACAGCCAUGACGGGUGACGGAGUGAACGAUGCCCCCGCCUUGAAAAAAGCGGAGAUUGGCAUCGCCAUGGGCUCUGGCACUGCCGUUGCCAAGUCUGCCUCUGAGAUGGUCCUGGCUGACGACAACUUUUCCUCCAUUGUGUCUGCUGUCGAGGAGGGCAGAGCCAUUUACAACAACAUGAAGCAGUUCAUCCGCUACCUCAUCUCCUCCAACGUGGGCGAGGUCGUCUGUAUCUUCCUGACGGCGGCGCUGGGUCUCCCCGAGGCUCUGAUCCCAGUCCAGCUGCUGUGGGUGAACCUGGUGACUGACGGUCUGCCCGCCACUGCCCUGGGCUUCAACCCCCCCGACCUGGACAUCAUGGGCAAAAGACCCCGUUCCCCCAAAGAGCCCCUCAUCUCCGGCUGGCUGUUCUUCAGAUAUAUGGCCAUCGGAGGUUACGUUGGAGCAGCAACAGUGGCUGCCGCUGCCUGGUGGUUCCUGUACUGCGACGAAGGCCCCGGAGUGAGCUUCUACCAGCUGUCCCACUUCAUGCAGUGCAGCGAUGACAACGAGGACUUUGAGGGGAUCCACUGCCAUGUGUUUGAGGCCGCCCCCCCCAUGACCAUGGCUCUGUCCGUGCUGGUGACCAUCGAGAUGUGCAACGCUCUCAACAGCCUGUCAGAGAACCAGUCUCUGGUGCGCAUGCCUCCCUGGAGCAACCUGUGGCUGGUGGGCGCCAUGACGCUCUCCAUGUCCCUCCACUUCAUGAUCAUCUACGUCGACCCCCUGCCCAUGAUCUUCAAGCUCACACACUUGAACGUGGAGCAGUGGCUGAUGGUCCUGAAGCUCUCCUUCCCCGUCAUUCCCUCGACGAGGUGCUCAAGUUUGUGGCUCGCACAUAUCUGGAGGUCUCCCCUUUAUCACUAGCAGGGAAAAUCUAGAGUCCGAGCGACAGGUGGAGAGUCAGGACGGAGAGAGAGAGAGAGGCAGAGCGCUCUCACGAGGAGAGCCCACCUGAUCAAAACAUCUAGUGGCAUGAAAACUAAAUAAAAA